AUUCUUUUUCACCAAAAAAACAGAAUCUAUUGUGUUGCUGAAUCGAAUUGAAUUAUCCACAACACAAGAGUCAAAUGUUUGUGCUCCCAAAAUCACAUACUUUAACCAAAAUGAUGCAAAUGUCAUGCAAAUUUGCUACAUCCUUACCCUUCUACAAACCCUUUUCUUCUUCACUCUCACCCUCUCACACUUUUCCCUCCUUUUCUGUUUCAGCCACUGCUGGCACGUGCAAACUCACGUGGGAUCAUGUUCUACAUAUUUCUGAAUCUAAACAUGUCACACAACAACAAGACCCUUCUUCUUAUCUUCAUGGUUAUUUCCAAAAAGUUCAACUUUGUAAUCGUGGUUCUGACAAACAAUCUGAAUUCCUUCCAUUUGCCAUUGAGGGAAAUGUUGUCGGAUUCAUUCACAAUAGGUUUGUUGAGCAUUUGAGAGGCUUUAGUGAUGUGUUCAUUUUUCCUAAAGACAGUGGUCCCUUUGGUGACUGCGUUUCAUUGCAUCCAUUACUGAAGACAGCUGACGAAAGAACCAGCGCAGUUGGUUAUGUAAUAGAGCAUUUGGGAGAGGAGCAUAUUCCAGGUAUAAGGAAUGAGCUAUACCCAGUGAAAUCAUCAUUUGACAAACCUAUUUUCUUUUCACUGGAACGCGCUGCUGCUCCUUAUUUUGGCAUUAAGGCUUAUGGAAUCCAUAUGAGUGGAUAUGUUGAGCUGGAUGGAGAGAAGCACCUAUGGAUAGCGAAGAGAAGUCACUCGAAAUCCACAUAUCCUGGAAUGCUUGAUCAUCUUGUUGCCGGAGGACUGCCACAUGGAAUUGAUUGUCAGGAAAAUGUUGUAAAGGAAUGUGAAGAGGAAGCUGGAAUUCCCAGGUCCAUCUCUAUUAAAGCUAAACCUGUUGGUGCUGUCUCAUAUAUGGACAUCGACGGAUAUAGAUACAAGAGAGAUGUUCUAUUCUGCUAUGAUUUGAUACUUCCGGAAAGUUUUGUACCAAAAAAUGAAGAUGGAGAAGUUGAAAGCUUCAAAUUGAUCCCUGUUAAGCAAGUUGCAGAAGUUAUUCGCACGACACAAUUUUUCAAACCAAAUUGCGCUAUCGUGAUCAUUGAUUUCCUGUUUCGACACGGAUACAUAAGUCCUGAAAAUCAUGGAUAUUUGAAUCUCCUGAGAAGCUUAAGAGAAGGAGAUUGCUCCUGAUACAUAAGUUGUUACUUAAGUAUAUCUUGGUUAUUGUUAUUCUUUCUUUAUAUGUAUUUAUGCAUGCAAUUUAAUUGUAUUUAUUCUUUGUUUAUCUUUAACUAUUGGAUUGUAUUUUUAUUCAAAACUUGGCAUAAAUGAUUACCAUAUUCAAUGAAAUUAAUUGUGGAAG